AUGGCUGACUGGGAAGAAUUCAACAAGGUGCUAGGGGAUGAACUACUUGACAUCCCACCCCCAGGUCCUCUCCACACCCCACUGGAAAUUGACAUCGCUGCAAGCACACUAACCAAAGCCCUCCAAAACACCAUAGAGAAGACAAUCAAAGAACAAAAACCACUACCACAAGCAAAGAGAUGGUGGAACAGUCAGUUGGAGGAGCUAAGAAAGGCAAAGAACAAGUUGAGUACUGAAUCGUACUGUCUACGUGCAUUGGAGAAUCACCUGGACAUCUCAACUGCUGACAUCUGGACAGCACACCGGUAUAUCAAAGAACCACCCAUGGAUGGAGGAAGACCAAGGAUACCCACCCUCAGGACCAACGACAGAAACAGUAGGGAACGGGAGGUGACUGACAACACAGACAAAGCAGAAACCUUUGCCAAAGCCUUCUUCCCACCUCCACCAGCUGAAAGCUCAGUACCUGAAGAUUAUGAUUACCCAGAACUGCUCCCAGAUCCCCCUGAUAUCACAGAGGAUCAAAUACGACAAAACAUCCUCAAGUUAUCACCCUACAAAGUGCCAGGCCCAGACGGGAUCCCCAACAUUGUCCUACAAAAGUCCUAUGACAAAAUUGCCAAACACCUCCCACACCUCUUUCAGGGCAUUCUACAACUCAACAUGUACUAUGAACCAUGGAAAGAAUUUACGACGGUGGUCCUACGAAAACCUGGAAAACCCAGCUACGAGAUGUAA